CCUGAGCCCAACCCAAAACAACAGAAGAAAAAAAAAAAAAAAACCAAAAAUUUCACAACACUAGCCAUUUGUUGGAAUUCAUUUCCAUUAAAUUCUUCUCUUUUUUGGUUCCGUGGUGACUCAUGGUUGUCUGACCACCGCACUGACAUACUCUGGUAGUUCUAGCGUUCAUUACUGAUACUCGAGGCAGUAGUAGAGUUGAGAUAGACGUGUGUAUUUGACCAAUGACGUCGGACUUGUUGGAUUGCUCAACAGUUCCGCUUCAGUACCCGUCUACUUGUUCCGCUUUUUCACCCACAGCCGUUAUUAUUCUUUUUCAAGAGAACGACCGGAACAACCUGUUUCGUUUGCGGUUCCCAGUGUUCCACCUCGUUGGAGCUUAGCUCAGUUCAGUCUCAGAUAUGUAUGAGCCGAAUGCUCCUCCAAAAGGAGGUUAUCCGCCAGCUCCAGGAGCACAGCCACCACCUUAUUCUGAACAGGGGGUGUCAUAUCCCCCACCAGCACUGGGACAUCCUGGAUAUGGUGGAUAUCCUCCACCUAUAGAUGGACAGCCUGAAAUUGGUUUUGCUGGUGGGGCUUAUCCAGCAUACCCUCAACCAAGUGCCCAGUCAUACCCACAGCCAUACCCAUAUCCACAACCAUAUCAGCCUCAACCAAAUCAACCUUAUGGAGGACCUGCUCCAGGACAGCCAAUUGUUGUCCAACCAACAGCACAAUCCACUGGUGCAGGAGAAUGGAUGCCAAUGCAACCAGCAUUUCAACAAAAUUCAAACUGUCCACCUGGCCUGGAAUACCUGACUGCCAUUGAUCAACUGUUGGUUCACCAAAAAGUCGAACUUCUUGAAGCUUUUACUGGAUUUGAAACUGCCAACAAGUACACAGUGAAAAAUUCGAUGGGACAAAAAGUCUUUCGUGCGACUGAAAUCUCCGACUGUUGCACCCGUCAAUUUUGCGGACCGAACCGCGCAUUUGAUAUGAAAAUUGUUGAUAACAACGAUCAUGAAGUCAUUCAUCUCAACCGGCCUCUAGCCUGUUCGUCUUGUUUCUUUCCUUGUUGCUUACAGACCAUGGAAGUAACCGCUCCACCAGGCACUGUAAUCGGUUCUAUUCAGCAAGAAUGGAGCAUCAUUAGUCCCAAAUUCAGCAUUAAAGAUGCUUCAGGAGAAACAGUGCUAACCAUAGAAGGACCGUUCUGUACCUUUAGCAUGUGUGGAGAUGUGGAAUUUAAUGUUUACUCUAGAGGCGGUGACAAAGUUGGCAAGAUAAGCAAACAAUGGAGCGGAUUGGUUCGCGAAGCUUUCACCGAUGCCGAUAUGUUUGGUAUAAAUUUCCCGCUUGAUCUUGAUGUGCGUAUUAAAGCCGUUAUGCUGGGUGCCUGCUUUCUUAUCGAUUUCAUGUUCUUCGAAAAGUCUGGCGACAAAGAAACCGACCGGCCAGGGAUGCUGUAAACAAGUUGUGGAUACACACAGGUCUGAAAGGAAUCUCGCUGAGUUACAAAGAAUCUACUUGCCAUCAAAUUUAUUCACACAAAUUAUUUACACAGUACUUGGUGGAUGGUUUCUAUUUUCUACCACAUUUAGAAAUUUGCUUUUUUUCUUCCCUAAUGAUGUUUGAUUGUGCUAAACUGGCUUUGUUAAAGACCCUCUUUCAACAGUCAAGUCCACUUAUUCCACUUUAUGCCUGGGUUGUACAAGACUAUGUGCAUAGAGCUCCAUUUUCAGUCAAAAAAAGACUGAAACCACCAUUGCCAUUUAAUGACUAAAUAGCCAAUUUACGUACGUACAGUUGCCAUCAUUAUAUUUGUGUGUGCCACCUUAUUAGUGUCAUAUUGUCCCGUGCCUAUCCACUUCAAGCCAAUCUUGUUUAUAAUUUUGGUGUAGUAUCUAGUAAACGAAAUAAGUUAAUCCAGCAAUCAGUGUACCAGUCCUAAUUCCUGCAUAAAUCAGAAGAAUAGAAAUCCAGACUGCGCGGGUGCGCGGAUUGUUACACUGUGCGUAAGCCGUCGUGGUAAAACCCACACCGACAAGCGCAGGCCAAUAAUUUGCCAAUCAUUUGUCGGAUUGCUCCACAUUGUUCCGCUUCCGCUUCAUUGCCUUUUAAUUGUUCCGCUUUUUCACCGAUCCAAGUUUGCGAUUUUUCUAUCGAACGACCAACCACCAAAUCUAAAGAAACUGUGCUACAAAGCCUUUGGCUAGGAAUUACGUAACUAUGCCCCGGGGAAAUCAAACUAACGCCGAGUUCCGAUUACUAAGGAAAGAUCGAUUCUGAACGUGUUGUGAUUAUUAGUCAACACACCAACCCAUUCAACAAUCAACACUCAACAGGUCUUCCUUCUGAUCUGCUUGCAGUACAGCUGGAAGGCAACAUGGCCUCCGACGCAACGAUUCUUUUACAAGAGUAUCAAGCGGGAAUAUUAACUGUUCUACAACUAUUACUUGCAACUAUUUAAAAUGUCCAUAAUUAUUUG